CAGGUACACUUUCACAUGGUCUACUUCACCGGCUUGCUACGUACGCAGGCCGAACCGAGUUUCCAUCUCUGAAAAUUUGGUAAACCCUGAAUGGGGUGCUGUGUGUUUAGGUUCUCUAUGGAUAUCAGUUGCGCUAGUGUUGUUGUCCUGCAGACUUUGACCCAGGCUUCUAGUCAAGACACAGCUGUGUUGAAGCCAGCUGAGGAGCAGUUAAAACAAUGGGAGACACAACCUGGUUUCUACUCGGCUUUGUUGAAUAUCUUCACUAAUCACACACUAGAUGUAAAUGUACGGUGGCUUGCUGUGUUGUACUUCAAAAAUGGAAUUGAUCGUUACUGGCGACGUAUUGCUCCACAUGCUAUAUCAGAAGAAGAAAAGUCCUCAUUGCGUGCAGGGCUCAUCGCAAAUUUUAAUGAACCGGUGAAUCAGAUUGCAACACAAAUUGGAGUACUGAUUGCUAAGGUUGCCAGGUUAGAUUGCCCUCGACACUGGCCAGAAUUAAUUCCCACACUGUUGGAAUCUGUUAAGGUGCAGGAUGAUCUCCGUCAGCAUAGGGCACUGCUUGCCUUUUAUCAUGUUACUAAGACUCUGUCAUCCAAAAAACUGAUAGCAGAUAAGAAGCUGUUUCAAGAUUUGGCAUCAGGGAUCUACAACUUUGCCUGCUCUCUAUGGAAUCAUCAUACUGACACUUUUUUACAGCAAAUAUAUACAGGGGAUGCAGCUGCUAUUAAUUCACUGGAAAGAACUUCACUUUCUUUGAAAGUUCUUCGUAAACUGACAGUGCAUGGUUUUGUGGAACCUCACAAGAAUUUAGAAGUAAUGGAAUUUCUGAACACCGUGUUUGAGAGGCUAAAACAAUUUCUGGAAUGUCGUAGACAAGUCAACCCAGAGAGCACGUGCAGUGAAAAACUGGAGAAGACUAUUAUCCUUUUCACUAAAGUGCUUUUGGACUUUUUGGAUUAUCAUCCAUUUUCAUUCAUCUCAUUGAUUCAGAGAUCAUUGGAGUUUGCUGUUAGCUACAUAUUUACAGGUGCUGGCGAGGGUGUGGUUUUUGAGCGGUUCAUCGUUCAGUGCAUGAACCUCAUUAAAAUGAUCGUCAAAAAUGAUGCUUACAAACCGGCAAAGAACACUGAAGAAAGCAAACCUGAAACUUUGGAAGCACAUAAGAUCAAAUUAUGCUUCUUCAGCUACUCAACUUUAACUGAAAUCUGUAGAAGACUGGUAUCUCAUUAUUUCCUCCUGACUCCGGAGGAAUUGUCUAUGUGGGAGGAAGAUCCUGAGGGCUUUGCUGUGGAAGAGGCUGGAGGGGACUCUUACAAGUACAGUUUAAGGCCAUGUACGGAAGUCCUGUUUUUGGACAUUUUUCACGAAUAUAGCCAAACACUCACCCCUGUGCUGUUAGAAAUGGUUCAAAAUCUACAUGGGCCAUCUGAUGUCGAUAAUACUGUUGAACUAGUUAUCAAAGAUGCUGUGUACAAUGCUGUUGGAUUGGCAGCCUACGAACUUUUUGAUAGUGUGGAUUUCGACCAGUGGUUUAAUAACCAAUUACUGGCUGAAUUACAGGUUACUCACAUAAGAUACAAACUUAUUCGGCGGAGGGUGAUUUGGUUGAUUGGUCAAUGGAUCUCAGUAAAAUUUAAAUCAGAAUUAAGACCAAUGUUGUACGAGGCUAUCCUUAAUCUCAUGCAAGACCAAGACCGUGUGGUUCGCAUUGAGACAGCUACAACUCUGAAGCUUGCUGUAGAUGUUUUUGAAUUUAGGACAGAGCAGUUUGUUCCAUACUUGGAAAAUAUUUUCAGUCUACUCUUCCACUUGCUUCAAGAAGUCACAGAAUGUGAUACGAAGAUGCACGUACUGCAUGUAAUUUCUUGUGUCAUCGAAAGAGUUGGAAUGCAGAUUCGACCUUAUGUUGGAUGUUUGGUGCAAUAUUUACCUUUGCUUUGGAAGCAAUCUGAAGAUCACAAUAUGCUGCGAUGUGCAAUUCUUACCACACUAAUUCAUCUCGUCCAGGGUUUGGGAGCAGACAGCAAAAAUCUCUACCCAUUCUUGCUUCCAAUCAUUCAGCUGAGCACAGAUGUUUCUCAGCCACCUCAUGUUUACCUGCUGGAGGAUGGUUUAGAAUUGUGGUUAGUGACAUUGGAAAACAGCCCAUCAAUCACGCCAGAGCUUCUUGGCAUUUUUCAGAAUAUGUCUGCUUUACUUGAGCUUGGAUCAGAAAAUGUAAAGACUUGUUUCCAGAUUAUAAAUGCUUACAUUUUCUUGACCUCUUCAGAAUUUUUACAGAAUUUUGCAGCUGUCCUGUGCCAAUCCUUCUGCGAGAUGAUGCAAGAUGUCACAACUGAAGGACAAGUUCAAGUACUUAAGGUUGUAGAAAAUGUCCUAAAGGUGAAUCCUGUACUAGGGCCUCAGAUGUUUCAACCACUUCUUCCAUUCGUCCUUAAAGGAAUCUUGGAUGGAGAGAAAUAUCCAGUGGUAAUGUCUACGUACCUAGGUAUAGCAGGACGUGUACUAUUGCAAAAUGCAGGAUUCUUCUCUUCCCUUCUCAACCAGAUUGCUUUGGAACUCAGCCAAGAGAUGGAUCAGAUCCUUGGCAAUAUAAUUGAGAUGUGGGUUGAUCGAAUGGAUAACAUUACACAGCCAGAGAGACGGAAACUUUCUGCAUUGGCAUUACUUUCACUCUUACCUUCAGAAAACAGUCUUAUUCAAGAUAAGUUCUGUGGCAUUAUAAACAUUUGUGUGGAAGCAUUACAUGAUGUCCUGUCAGAGGAUCCAGACACAGGAACUUACAAAGACUGUAUGGUGAUGUCACAUUUUGAAGAGCAAAAAGUAAGUGAAGAUGAAGAACCCCCAACUGAACAAGACCGGAGGAAGAAACUGGUAGGUAGAUACUUUGUUUACAAGAGUUUGUGCUGUGGAAGGAUUUUAGCCAAAAGAAUGAAAGUUUAA